UCUCGUCCCAGUGGAAUAGAAGAUGAACUCAACUGAAUUCAGUGAAGAUGUAGAAGAAGUUCUAAAAAAUAACCCUGUGAAGGUAGAGAGCGGCGAUGCUGCGCUGGACUGCUCCCGGAACUCCAGGGCCUCUGAGAAGCACCCUCUGGACAGCGUCCUCACUGCCCUCCACGAUUCCAGCAAGCGGAAGCAGCUGGGCAGCGACGGCCAGCCAGACUCUGUCCCCAGUGUGAAGAGGAGGCGGUUGAUACCCGAGGCCCUCCUGGCUGGCAUGCGCACCCGUGAGAACAGCUCACCCUGCCAGGGAAAUGGAGAGCCUGCCAGCAGGGGCAGGAGUGGGAGUUGUGUGUGGCCUGCAGAAGAGGAGCCUGCCACUGAGGCCACCACACCUUCCUACAAGAAACCCCUGUACGGCAUCUCCCACAAGAUCAUGGAGAAGAAGAACCCUCCCUCGGGAGAGCUGCUCAGCCCCUAUGAGCUCUUUGAGAAGGCAAACUCCAGCAGCAGCCCUUCUCCUCUGCGCCUGCUCAGUGAGUCUCAGAAGCGGGAAUGUGGUGUCGGGGUUGCCACCGAUGGGGACCCCAAUAUCUACUUCCUGAUCCAGAAGAUGUUCUAUAUGCUCAACACUCUCACGUCUAACAUGUCCCAGCUUCACAGCAAGGUGGACCUGCUCUCCCUUGAGUUGACCCGUGUCAAGAAGCAGGUGAGCCCGUCUGAGCUGGUGGCCAAGUUCCAGCCUCCACCAGAGUACCAGCUCACUGCUGCGGAGCUGAAACAGAUCGCUGAGCAGAGCCUGUCCUGCGGCGACCUAGCCUGUCGCCUGCUGGUGCAGCUCUUCCCUGAGCUCUUCAGCGACUUGGAUUUCUCCCGGGGCUGCAGUGCCUGUGGCUUUGCCGCCAAGCGGAAGUUAGAGUCACUGCAUCUCCAGCUCAUCCGCAACUAUGUGGAGGUCUACUACCCCUCCGUGAAGGACACAGCCGUGUGGCAAGCUGAGUGCUUGCCACAGCUGAACGACUUCUUCAGCCGCUUCUGGGCCCAGAGGGAAAUGGAAGACAGCCAGCCAGGCGGCCAGGUCACCAACUUCUUUGAAGCAGACCAAGUGGAUGCCGGCCAUUUUCUGGACAACAAGGACCAAGAGGAAGCUCUGUCUCUGGAUCGCAGCAGCACCAUCGCCUCGGACCAUGUGGUGGACACACAGGACCUCACCGAGUUCCUAGAUGAAGCCUCCUCUCCAGGUGAGUUCGCUGUGUUCCUGCUGCACCGGCUCUUCCCGGAGCUGUUCGACCACCGGAAGCUGGGGGAGCAGUACAGCUGCUACGGAGAUGGAGGCAAGCAGGAGCUGGAUCCCCAGAGGCUGCAGAUCAUCCGCAACUACACGGAGAUCUACUUUCCCGACAUGCAGGAGGAGGAAGCUUGGCUGCAGCAGUGUGCCCAGCGCAUCAAUGAUGAGCUGGAGGGCCUGGGGCUGGAGGGAGGCAGCGAGGGGGAGGCGCCGCGGGACGACUGCUACGACUCCUCUAGCCUGCCGGACGACAUCUCAGUGGUCAAGGUAGAGGACAGCUUUGAAGGUGAGCGGCCUGGCCGGCGCUCCAAGAAGAUCUGGCUGGUGCCCAUUGACUUUGACAAGCUAGAGAUUCCACAGCCUGACUUCGAGAUGCCAGGUUCAGACUGCCUUCUGAGCAAGGAGCAGCUGCGUAGCAUCUACGAGAGCAGCCUGUCCAUCGGCAACUUUGCCUCCCGCCUGCUGGUGCAUCUGUUCCCGGAGCUCUUCACCCACGAGAACCUGCGCAAGCAGUACAACUGCAGCGGCUCCCUGGGCAAGAAGCAGCUGGAUCCUGCCCGCAUCAGGCUGAUCCGCCACUACGUGCAGCUCCUCUACCCGAGAGCCAAGAACGACCGUGUGUGGACCCUGGAGUUUGUGGGCAAGCUGGACGAGCGCUGUCGGCGCAGGGACACGGAGCAGCGACGCUCCUACCAGCAGCAACGCAAGGUCCAUGUGCCUGGCCCCGAGUGCCGGGAUCUAGCAAGUUAUGCAAUCAACCCCGAGAGGUUCCGUGAGGAGUUUGAGGGGCCCCCGCUGCCUCCUGAAAGGAGCAGCAAAGACUUUUGCAAAAUACCCUUGGACGAGCUGGUGGUCCCCUCACCUGACUUUCCGGUGCCUUCCCCCUACCUGCUGUCAGACAAGGAGGUACGUGAGAUCGUGCAGCAGAGCCUGUCGGUGGGUAACUUCGCCGCCCGCCUCCUGGUCAGGCUCUUCCCCGAACUCUUCACGGCAGAGAACCUUCGACUGCAGUACAACCACUCCGGGGCUUGUAACAAGAAGCAGCUGGACCCCACGAGGCUGAGGCUCAUCCGCCAUUACGUGGAAGCUGUCUACCCCGUGGAGAAGAUGGAAGAGGUGUGGCACUAUGAAUGUAUACCCAGCAUCGAUGAGCGGUGUCGACGUCCCAACAGGAAAAAGUGCGACAUCCUCAAGAAAGCCAAGAAAGUGGAGAAAUGACAGGGCUGGGGCUGCCCAGGGACUUGGGUCACCACGGACUGAGCAAUGGGUGCCCUUGGGACUGAGCGUCGCUCACUCGGGAGCUCGCGAAUGGUAUCGCAGACAGGCACCUUAUGCCAGUGGGGAGUGGUUUCCUACAUUUGCACACGUAAACACCUCCCCAGCCACAAGAAAGAAGCCUUGAAUUUGGUCUUUUGUAUUCAUGAUUUUGUUCUGUCUUUCCUGGUGGCACAGCUGGAGUUUGUG